CCUGGUUCCUUGGGUACGCUACGCUGACGCUACAUUGUGUCCACGUUGCAGUGUGUGUGUGUGUGUGUGUAAUACAAUUCUUUUUCACAUGUCUCUGCACUAAUCACCUAUUACAUAAUUGGCAACGAUGUCUAAGGAAGUCAGACGUCGGAGCCGACCGCGUGACGGCCCAGGACCGUCCAAAUCUAACGGCAGACCGUCUAAACUUUCUUCCAAAAGCCCAGGAGGCUUCUUCACCAAAUUGGCAAUAUCAGUUUUGGCAGCCGGCGUAGUGCUUGUUAUUGCAUAUAUACGGUAUCAGACCUCACUCAAGUUAGCAGUGAAGACGCCACUUCAUUCACCGAAAAUACUGGCCGAUAACAGUUCCAGUGCUGCUGAAAACCCCGACAGAUUUUGGGGAACAUACAGAUCACACAUGUAUUUCGGCCUGAAGACGAGGAGCAAAGCAUCGCCAGUUGUUGGUCUGAUGUGGCUGAAUCAGUUCACAGGGCAGAUGCCGCCACCGUUGCGUCAUUGGUGCGACCAGGGUGACCAGCUACAGAGCUAUGGCUGGACGCUGCACGAUGGCGCCAACUUUGGUGUUCAGGAUAUUCAUGAGUCUACGUACAUGCUGCGAACUCAGUUUGUGAAGCGACCUGGUGGUCAGCAUGGUGGGGACUGGUCAGCCAGAGUCAAAGCAGUUCCAUAUAACCCAAACAAACCUCCGACAGUGUCUCUGAUGUUCUACAUGGCCCUUGAUGGUCAAGGUCAGCUGGACCCACAAGUGACCAAGAAGCGCCUCUCAUCAAUCAAGGGGUUCUCAGAGGAACUCGGUCACUUUGAGCUGAAGUUCCCCAAGAACACGGCAACAGGGGCCAAGCACGGUCAUCUGAUCAGCCAGUCUCCUCAGCUGGACAAGCUGAAGGACGUCCUCAUGUCCUCUAUGUCAGUGGAUGCUUGGGACAAGAAGAGGACUUUGCCAUAUUUUGUACUAAAUGGCCGUGCCAUCCCAAGUGAGCAGCCCACAAACUUUGUUGUGCACCAGGUCACUGCAACUCUACCGUUUGAAAUGGAGGUUGUGUUUGAGUCUGGUAGCGUCACUAACAGACGUGACACUUUAGCUGGAAGUGUGUUUGAAAAUUCCUUGCAAAACCAUGUGAGUACCUUCAAUGAACGUUUCUUAAAAACUUUUCCACUCAAAGAGAAGGGAUACUCUGAGAAGGAAAUAAAUUUUGCCAAAGCAGCUCUUAGUAAUAUGGUUGGCAGCAUCGGUUAUUUCUAUGGAUCGUCUCUUGUUCAAUCCAUUUACAAUGAAGAACCCGUUGAGUAUUGGCAGACCUCUCUAUACACUGGAGUCCCUUCACGACCAUUCUUUCCACGAGGGUUUCUAUGGGAUGAAGGCUUUCAUAACCUCCUCAUCAGCAAAUGGGAUCCCUCCAUCUCCAAAGACAUCAUUGCUCAUUGGCUGGACACCAUGAAUAUUGAGGGCUGGAUUCCUCGGGAGCAGAUUCUUGGAGUUGAGGCUCGGGCAAAGGUUCCAGCUGAAUUUGUUGUUCAAAGAAACAAAAAUGCAAAUCCACCAACAUUUUUCCUUCCUCUUCAGCGACUUAUCAAAGACAUGAUCGUGAGCAACACGCUCAAAGACAGAGCAUUUCUCGGCGCCCUCUAUCCACGAUUAAAGGCCUGGUACUCUUGGUACAACUCGAGUCAAGUCGGAAAAGUUCCUUCAUCUUAUCGCUGGCGAGGGAGAGAUGCCUCUGCUGUCAAGCAGCUCAAUCCUUUAACCUUGACCUCUGGGCUCGAUGACUACCCACGUUCCUCUCACCCAACAGAUGACGAGAGGCAUGUUGACCUACGAUGCUGGCUUGCACUAGCUUCAGGUGUUAUGGCCGAUAUUGCACGCUCAUUGGAUCAAGAUUGGGAAGACUAUGACCGCACACACAAACUGUUGACCAAUAAUGACCUCCUGGAUGAACUGCAUUGGUCAGAACAAGGUCAGCAGUACAGUGACUAUGGCCUUCACACUGACCGGGUCAAGCUGGAACGACCAAAACCUCAGGUAAACCUUCAACCUGGACAACGACCCCCGCCAAUGAACCAAGACAAAAUACGAGUCACUAUGGAGGAACCAAAAAGCCAGUUUGUCAACAUGUUUGGAUAUGUUAGUCUCUUUCCAUUUCUUUUAAAAAUCGUGGAACCCGAUUCACCCAAACUGUACAAGAUUCUCAACGAUCUCAAAAAUCCGACCCUGCUGUGGACGGACUAUGGUUUGCGGUCACUGUCCCAGAGUACAAAACUGUACAACCGAUACAAUACAGAACAUGAUCCUCCAUACUGGCGAGGCGCCAUCUGGAUUAACAUGAACUACUUAGCUCUUGGCUCCUUAGACUUUUAUUCCAAAGCCAAAGGGCCUUACCGAAAUUUGGCUUCAGGUAUAUACAAAGAUUUGAGAAAAAAUAUUGUAGAUAAUAUCAUAGCUAAUUAUGAAAAAACAGGAUAUAUAUGGGAAAAUUAUAGUGACAACGGGCAAGGUCGUGGGAGUCAUCCGUUUACUGGAUGGUCAGCUCUGGUAGUAUUGAUCAUGGGGGAGAGAUAUUGAAACUACUGUUGUCAUCAUUGAAGAGGUACAGACUCAACUGGCUGACCCUUAGGGACCAGUCAUUUAUUAUAGGGGUGGGUUGGUUGGAGGGAAUCUGAGGAUCACCAAGAAAUCAGUGUCAAGAGGAGGGAAGGUCAUAAAAAUUUUAUGAUAAAAUGAACAAUUCCCGGUCAUGAAUAAAUGUACAUGGGCAUAGAAACGGUCAUCCAAAAAUAUGACAAGCAUUAGGUGAGGGUCAUUAUUUUCUGUACAUUUGUGUACUAAAAUCUUUGACAGCCCUUCCAACUGUAAUAAUGACUGGUCCCUUCAGCUUGCAAGAAACAUAUUAUCAUGGGAUUCAAUCGUAGAUUUAUUCUGGUCAUGUUUCUAGGUUUGCCAGCACCCACACGUGCUCGUAGGUUUCUCGGAAGUUGUGAGCGCCGGAGUUCUGUAUCACAUUCCACCAACAUCAAACUGACACGGGUGGUGGGGUAGCCCAGUGGUUAAAGCGUUCGCUGGUCACGCCAAAGGCCUGGGUUCGAUUCCCCACAUGGGUACGAUGUGUAAAGCCCAUUUCUGGUUUCUCCUGCUGUGAUAUUGCUGGAAUAUUGCUAAAAGCAGCAUAAAACCAUACUCACUCACUCACUCACUAAAACUGACACGCCAUGAUGAGACCUAUUUACUGUUUUAGUGAGUCAGCGCACUCACUCACUCACUCUAUUACCACUCAGUUUUAAUCUGGUUGUUAAAUAAGACUUGAACACAUCUGCAGACUCGGGUUUAUUAAGGGGCGGUGGGGUAGUCUAAUGGUAAAGCGACCGCUCGUCACGCUGAAGACCCAGGGUUCCAUUCCCCACAUGGGUACAAUGUGUGAAGCCCAUUUCUGGUGUCCCCCCCAUGAUAUUGCUGGAAUAUCGCUAAAAGCGUGUGAAAACCAUACUCACUCACUCAGGUUUAUUGAUCCAUAUUUGUCUCAUGACAUGACUGGGUUUUCCAGUAUGCACAAGUUUGACGGAUGUAGAAGAAAAAAUGCAUCCCAAGUGACCCUCAAUAAGGGCAGCAUUUUAAUUUUUUCAGUUUCUCAUCGCCCGACCGACCCUUCUAAUUUUUUUGCCCCAACCCCCUCAAAAAUCCUCUUUUUUUUUUCCAUUCCU